UAUACUAGAGAUUUGGCGCUGAGGACUUGGUUGAGUAGCAUUCCUUCCCUCCCCUGAAGAGUCUAGCCAUGGCUUCCAAGCUUUUGAACCAAUUCCCAACUCUAAACAACACCGCCCAACAUAUUCUCAGCCUUCCAUUCCUCAGAUCUACAGUAGCUUCUCCUUUCCUCCUCCACACCAGAUUGUAUUCCGAAGAUGUUUCUAGUAGAGUCUCCAACCGAUCGUCCUUGAAUCAGGUCGAACUCGCUAAAUUUUCCUCCAUUGCUGAUACCUGGUGGGAUGCUGAAGGGCCAUUUACACUGCAUGUGAUGAACCCAACAAGACUCGCUUUUAUCCGUUCCACUCUUUGCCGGCAUUUUCAAAAGGAUCCUUACUGUGCCAGGCCUUUUGAAGGAUUAAAAAUUGUGGAUGUUGGUUGUGGAGGUGGAAUUCUGUCUGAGCCUUUAGCUCGAAUGGGUGCUACUGUCACGGGAGUUGAUGCUGUGGAGAAAAAUAUCAAGAUUGCACGUCUUCAUUCUGAGUCAGGUCCAGAAACUGCAAAUAUCGAAUAUUGUUGUACAACUGCUGAAAAGCUGGUUGAAGAACAGAGGGAGUUUGAUGCUGUGAUUUCUUUGGAGGUAAUUGAGCAUGUAGCGGAUCCUGCUGAAUUCUGCAAAUCUGCAGCAUUAACUGUCUCCAAUGGAGCUACUGUGGUAUCAACUAUUAACCGUUCUAUGAGAUCAUAUGCAACUGCCAUCGUUGCAGCUGAGUACAUCCUUCAUUGGCUGCCUAAAGGUACUCAUCAGUGGUCGAAUUUCCUUACGCCCGAAGAACUAGUCUUGAUUCUACAACGUGCUUCUAUCACAGUUCAAGAAAUGGCUGGGUUUGUGUACAACCCCUUGACAGGACAAUGGACUUUAUCAGAUGAUAUCAGUGUAAAUUUCAUUGCUUUUGGUACCAAAAAUAGCCAAUAAAGCCAUGGAAUAUUAGCCUUAUGUUGAAGGUUUGCUAUGGGAGAGAUGAAUGCAGAUUUCCUUAAUUGCUCCAGAGUUGCCCAGUUCCAACUGAAGCCUAGGACUAUACAUAUAUUGCUAACAUGUAAGUAUCCUGGAGAGGAAAUUUAAUUGUAUAUCACCCCAAACCCUGGCAAAAGAGGGGAGGAAAACCAGAAACUUUAGGAUGGAUUUGCAAGAAAGAACAAAGUGAAGCAAGAAUCAAGUUGCCAACUGAGCUUCUAAUAUGAUAUCAUUUUUUUAUUAUUUUUAAUUUAAUUAUCUCAACGAAGAAAUUUUAUCAUUAAACAAAAGCCUUCUCCCCAA